AUGGUCAAAGCCGUCGCAGUCGUCCGUGGUGACUCCAAGGUCACCGGCACCAUCACCUUUGAGCAAGCCUCCGAGUCGGCCCCUACUACCGUCUCAUGGGACAUCUCCGGCCACGACGCGAACGCCAAGCGAGGCAUGCACAUCCACACCUUUGGUGACAACACCAACGGCUGCACAUCCGCAGGCCCUCACUUCAACCCCCACGGCACGACUCACGGUGACCAAAAGGACGAGACUCGCCACGUUGGUGACCUGGGAAACGUCGAGACUGAUGGCCAGGGCAACGCCAAGGGCUCUGUUCAAGACAAGUUCAUCAAGCUGAUUGGACCCGAGAGUGUCAUCGGCCGAACCGUUGUCUGCCACGCCGGCACUGACGACCUCGGCAAGGGUGGUAACGAGGAGUCGGCCAAGACUGGCAACGCUGGUGCACGACCUGCUUGUGGUGUCAUCGGCAUCUCCAACUAA